AUGGCUAAGAACGGUAUACUACCAGGCUGCACCAAGCUGGUCCUUUGUGGCAAAAGGGACGAAGAAUAUGAUUACCACCAAGAUAUGGACCACCAACUCUUUGAGCAGUGGCUGGAAAACUCAAUACCGCAUAUGCAAGAUAGACAACUGCUCAAAGUCCCCACGGCUCGCUCUACCAAAAAAUGCAUAAGCGAUUAUCUGGUAGCAAAAGGAGUAGCAAUAGGCAAUAAGAGCACAAAAUUCAGUCUUUUGGCAGAGCUUCAACUCUUCAUGGCUUCGAAAGGUGGUUUGAGCGCUGUCCGCGAGUACGCAGUUGACCGUAGGCGCAGUGAAAUGGGCGUCAAUUUUAUAAGACUGCCUCCAUUCCACUGCAUGUUUAACCCCAUAGAGUUAUGUUGGGGACAAAUGAAAGCACAUCUCACCAAACACGGUAAGACCACCGACAGACUGGGAAUGGUUAAAACACGUGCAGUGGAAUGGUUGGCCAACGUGCCUUCAUCAUUGACAGAAUCGUGGUUCCGUGAAGCUCGUAAACUGGAAAAUGCCGCGCGACAAAAACAGCACGACGACAGUCUUGCCGACGAGAUUUCUGGGGAUAAUUCCUCGGAAUACAGCAGCGAGAUAGACGAUUUGGAGCUGGAGGAAAUAGAGAGUGAUCUUGAGUUAGAAGAACUAGAGAGUGACCUCGAUUUGGAAAAAGUAGAAGAUUAA